AUGCGGGUCUGUCAGCAGUGGGCUGAUCUACGCGAUGAUCCGGCGUUCACGCUGACCUCGUACAACUGGAUUUCAUUUGGGGUGCGGGAGUUCGACGCGUGCCGCCGAGCGGGAUACCUCGACGAUGUCAACUUCUUCACCCGCGAGCUCGACGACGAGGACGAGUACAAGGACGAUAAGGGCGAGUACGAUGAGGAGGGCGAGUACGAGAACAAAAACGACGAGGGCGAGUACAAUGACGAGGACGAAGAGUACAACGAUGAGGACGAUGAUGAGGACGAGGACUUCAAUGACGUUCAGGUCCUUGGAUCCAACGACAACGAUAACGAUGGCGGCAGCCCGACCUGGGAUCCGGAGAUCCAUCCGCCGGACAUCAGCGAGGUGGAGGCCAUCGCCAUCACAAUGGCCAAUAGCAAGCGCGACCGGCCAGCUCGCUAUGGGGACGCAGGAAACUCCUCCGGCCCCGCCGACACGCACCCACGCGCACGCGCCGUCUCCUGCUCCAUCCCUGGCCUGGGAUCCAUGGUCGUAGUCACCGCAUUCUCCCGUUUCUCCUCCACCACCGGCCCUUCCCCCGCCACCGCCGGCUCCCCUUCAUCCUCCACCGCCGGUCUACAAACUGCCAUGGCAUAG